UGGCCUCGCCACAGUUACCGCCUCUCUAUGACUUACGUCUCCUCUCCCCUCUCUGUUGCGCUGUUCGCUGCAGGACUCGCAGAGAAAAUAGACGUCGGGAUGGCUGCGGAGGUGAGCUCCUUGGCGACAACCCUCGGGGCAUACGAGGACGACGCGGAAGGAGAGAGCGAGCUCGUCACCCGGGACUUGCUUGGCGGCGGCGGCGGCGGAGCCGGCGACGUGGAUCUCCAGCUCCAUGUCCCCGCCGGCUGGCCGACCCGCAUCGACCUCCCGUCCGGGAAGGCGAGCCUCGAACAGCGGGACCCCGAUCCCGCUCCCCGCCAUCUGCACGACCUUAACCUGUCGCCGCCGUCGCCGUCCGUCGCCUCUCUCGCCCUCGAGCUGGCGUCACCCUCCGCCGAGUACCAGAGCGUCUGCACCCUGGAGAAGGUCAAGUCGGCGCUGGAGCGGGAGUCGCGCCUCGUCGCCACCACCGGCCCCGCGUCCCCGCCCCCCUCUUCCACCACCUCCUCCUCCUCCUCCUCCUCCGCCGUCUCGACCAAGCGUCGGGCGCCGACCUCGCCGGACGAGGACGGCGCCGCGGGAAGCACCAUGGCGGUGGCCACCUGCCCGGUGUGCCUCCUCUACGUGCUCGUCUCCAAGGCGGAGCCCAGGUGCCCCAGGUGCGCGGCGCAUGUGCCGGUGAACGACCUCCUCAAGAAGAAGCCGCGCAUCGACCUCAACUCCUCCCUCCCAUCCCACUGAAACCUGCACAGAAGCGAGAACAAUACCCAAAUCUUCGAUUCCCGAGCGUAGAAGACGAUUACUACUACAAGGGUCAAAAAAACGAAGAAAGGCCUCUCCAUUUUUGGCGACUGUAAGAAUUUGUUCUCGGUUCAUGGUGUUCCACCGUGAGAUGAGAUCAUCGUGCAGCAGUUUGUUCUGCCCUUUCUCUGGGCAUUAAACCUGCCAUUAAAUUUUGGGGGUUCAAAUCUCACUUGUCA